AUGGCCCUUCGGGGAAGGGGGGUCGCCAAGAGCCUGCUCGGCGGCACCGUGACCGAGGACAAGCUGACCAUCACUUCCGCGGUGGUGAUUGCAAUCAUCACGGUCCGUGCCAUGCUUUCUGUCGUGGCAUGUUUGGAGUUGGGAAUCAAGACAGUCUCUUACAGCACCUUGGUAUGCAGCAACGUGGUGAUGAUGUUGGCGUUUGCAUUGGAUGAGACCUGGUACAUCCUCAACCUGAUCGUCCAGACGGUGGGUCACUACUUGAACCACUUCAUCGCGAUUGCCUUCGACAUCGCAGCCUUUGCCCACAGGGCACUGGGAGAGGAGCGGCCGAAAGACGGCCAGUGCGCCAAG